AUGGCAAUCGGCCACUCAGUCGACAUGCAAUCCUCGCUGGCGCCCGAAGUCCCACUUCCUCCGGGGACCGCGCGCAGCAACGGGUCGCCGAACCAUUCGAGGGUGGUGCCCGACUCGGAGUCGCCAGCUGACCGCGACUCACCGAACGCACCCUCUUUGGCGACCAGUGAUUCCCGCUCCCAGGCUCAACCAGUCAUUGCGGUCCCCGCUGCGUGUCUCGGCUGCCGCGGGAAGCACCUCAAGUGCGACGGCCAGAACCCUUGCUCGCGGUGCCUGAGCUCGCAGUCUGAGUGCAUCUACGUCGCCUCGCGGCGCGGCUACAAGGGCCCGAGGAGGAACAAAGCCGCCAACCCGAACAAGAGGACGCGCUCCUCGUCCCCGACGUCCACCAUUGGUGCAGGCGAUAGCUGUCCCAUGCUCUUUGGCGUCAACGGCACUUCAAUGUCCCCGGCCAUGCAGAACCCAGUGGCCUUCAAUUCCAGCGGCGCCGGGCUCCCGGGCACGCCCGGCACUACAUUUGUAGCGACGCCCAAUUUCACCAACAUGCAGCUGUACCGGUCGUUCGGUGCCGUCACCGGCUUCAACUCGAACCAGUUGGCCCUGGGCUUCCCCCAGACUGGCGCCCCUGCGCAAGUCCCCGUGCCUACCCUUGCCGAGCGGUGUCUCGACUCGUUCUAUCACCACUUCCAUGCCUCUCACCCGUUUGCCCUCCCCAAGGAAUGGCUGCUCCGUAUCAUGAGGGAUACGAACGUGGAGCCUAUGCUGGCCGCGAUGCGGUGGAUCGGCGCUCUGUUCCUCGAGGCCAGGCCGGCGCGGGCCGCGUUCCUGGACGAGGCCCUGCGCCUGGUGCAGGACCCUACGACGAGAAGGGAUGGCUUCUUUGUCCAGGCCUUGAUUCUCUUGAUCGUCGGGCUGGACGGCGGCUGUGAGCAGGAGAAGGCUCGGGAGCUUCUUGGCGACGCCGAGCGCGUCGCUCUCGAGCUCGGGCUCAACACGCGCGAAUACGCGACGCAGUACGGCCGCGGCAUCCCGGUGCUCGAGGAGAGCUGGCGGAGGACGUGGUGGGACUUGUUCGUUGUGGAUGGCAUGGUGGCGGGGGUCCAUCGCCAGACCAACUUUCUUCUCUUUGACGUGCCCGCCGAUGCCGCCCUUCCGUGCGAAGAGCAUCAGUAUCUGUCUGGGCCCAUGACUCUUACGGACUUGGAAGACCAAGACUUCUCGGGCGAGGAUAGGCAGUUCUCGUCGUUUGCGUAUCGUAUCCUCGCCGGGCGCAACCUAGGCAAGCUCAUGCGCGUCCCGCCAAUCUACGGGCCAGACGACGAGAACCUGGCGCGCAUCGAGGCCCUCUUGACCAACUGGAGGCUCCACCUCCCGGCGUCCAAGAAGAAUGCACUGGACCAGAAGCUUCAGCCGGACGAGAUGAUUUUCCAGGCCAACAUGAUGACCAAUGCGUACGGCCUUCCCUCGUGUGCGUCUUGA